UCCGGUGGAAAAAGCGAGCGGGCGGAAGGAUUCGGCAAGGCGCGGGAUUGCGGCCAAACAUUUGGCACCGACGACGCGCAUGCGUGUGGUGGAUUCCGUGAAGGCGCCGAUUGCUAGUAACGGACAGCGGGGCUGCUGAGAUCGGUGUAGCCCGGCGGCAGCGGCUUAGGGCUCUCUCCUUAUUAAUGGACUGAGCGAUCCGCAUCGUAAAGCUUUCUAGACUGCUCAGGUAAGUUUGUUGUGAAGAUGCCUCUACACGGUGAAAUAGUUGUAAUAAAAAGAAAUGGUACAGAUGGAACUCACUUUCCAUUGACGGCAACAUCGUGCUUGUUUGGAAGAAAAACAGAGUGUGACAUCCGCAUUCAGCUGCCACAUGUCUCCAAAGAACACUGUAAAGUUGAAGUCAAGGACAGUGGAGAGGUAUUUGUUACCAACUUAAGCUCAGUGAACCCAACUCGGCUCAACGGAAACGUUGUUAAACGGCCAGUACACCUCAAGCACGGAGAUGUAAUCACAAUUAUCGAUCGCUCAUUCAGAUUUGAAAAAAACCCUGCAAAGCAAGGAAAACGGAGAUCAACAGGGCUUGAUUCUGAAACCUUUAAGGUGUUUGCAAGUAACCAACCUUCAGACAUAAAUGAAACUGUGCGGAUUGAAACUCUAACCAGUAAAACGCAACGCAAAUCUGAAGGAAACCUCACCAAAACUACGCAUUCACGUCGAUCGCUGCAGGUUUCCGCUUCGUCAGAGACCAGAAACGAUCUGUCCCCCUUUGGCGAAUUGUAUGAAAUGCUUAAAAGUAAAGUGGGUGCUCAAAAAGAAAAUGGUAAAACACCCGUGAAAGAUAAAGGAAGCUCUCCAAAAAAUACAGCGCUAAAGAGAAGCCUUCAAAUUCAAGACAAUUCCCAGUCUUCUAUUGAAUCCAAGCGCACUUCUAGACGAAGUCAAUCAAGUGACAGCCCAGUAACACGUCCCAAGGAGGUUGUUAAAUCAAGAUCGGCUUCUACUGGAAGAGUCGGAGAGGCCUCAAAGAGUCCCUCAAGGAGUCCUAAAACUUCCUCUAAGGAGUCUUUAGCGGCUAAAGAGCUUGAACAGACAAGGAGAACUCCUAGCAAACGGGCUUCUCAGUCAGUGCCCGAGGAGCAGGUUAUUCCCAGUGUAAAUGGAAGCGUUGAGAAACUAUCUCCCAGAAGGUCUUCAAGCAAAAAGCAAAGCCAAGUAAUUACUCAGGUACUCUCUACCCCUACUAACACCAAAAUACCUGACUCUUCAACACCUCAGUCUGUCCCUGAACAGCCAGUAUUAAAGAACCAAGGGAGCUCUCCUCGAGGUAAAUCUCCUACUCAAGGAAGAAUAAGUGCAUCCAAAUCGCCAAAAUCCAGUCAAGAUAAACCUUCUGUAACCGAGGCUAAAACAAGUACAGCUGAACCGAGGAAAUCCCCAAGAAAACGAAGAAGCGAUGAGCUUUCCCUUCCAGAUCCGCCACCUAAAAGGAAGAGGGUCUCUUUUGGGGGACAUCUUAGUCCAGAGCUCUUUGAUAAAAGGCUGCCUCCUAACUCUCCCCUUAAAAAAGGUGCCACGCCUGCUCGAAGGAGUCUGUCUCUCAACUCUCCACGUGCUGUUAUGCGCAAAAGCUUUGGCCUUAAUCAUUCUGUUAUAAGGGAGGUCUUUGAAAAAUCUGAAAGAAAGUCUUCAGGGAAAGGUUCCCCAGCCAAGCCAUCUGCUAAAAGUCCAUCACCAGCUAGAAGAUCUGUUUCAGAGACCUCACCAGCUGUAUCUAAGACCAAUGCUGGCUUAACACCUGUGAAAAACUCCCCGCCUAAGAAGUCUCCAGCAAAAACACCAUCCACAACCUCUACUAAGAUGACGCCAGUUAAAAACUCUCCAUCCUCAAAGUCACCAGGCAAAUCUCCUUCCUUAACUCUUAAGAAAACGCCAUUAGUAAAGACUCCGGCCAAGAGGUCCCCAGUGGCCAAGACGCCAUCUCCGGCCAAGAGGUCCCCAGUGGCCAAGACGCCAUCUCCGGCCAAGAGGUCCCCAGUGGCCAAGACGCCAUCUCCGGCCAAGAGGUCCCCAGUGGCCAAGACGCCAUCUCCGGCCAGGAGGUCCCCAGUGGCCAAGACGCCAUCUCCGGCCAAGAGGUCCCCAGUGGCCAAGACGCCAUCUCCGGCCAAGAGGUCCCCAGUGGCCAAGACGCCAUCUCCGGCCAAGAGGUCCCCAGUGGCCAAGACGCCAUCUCCGGCCAAGAGGUCCCCAGUGGCCAAGACGCCAUCUCCGGCCAAGAGGUCCCCAGUGGCCAAGACGCCAUCUCCGGCCAAGAGGUCCCCAGUGGCCAAGACGCCCCUAGUUAAAAAAUCUCCGUCCUCAAAAUCGCCAGUCAAAUCCCCUUCUGUAACUCCUAAGAAAACGCCUACAGUAAAGACUCCGGCCAAGAGGUCCCCAGUGGCCAAGACGCCGACUCCGGCCAAGAGGUCCCCAGUGGCCAAGACGCCGACUCCGGCCAAGAGGUCCCCAGUGGCCAAGACGCCGACUCCGGCCAAGAGGUCCCCAGUGGCCAAGACGCCGACUCCGGCCAAGAGGUCCCCAGUGGCCAAGACGCCGACUCCGGCCAAGAGGUCCCCAGUGGCCAAGACGCCGACUCCGGCCAAGAGGUCCCCAGUUAAAAAAUCUCCGUCCUCAAAAUCGCCAGUCAAAUCCCCUUCUGUAACUCCUAAGAAAACGCCUACAGUAAAGACCCCGGCCAAGAGGUCCCCAGUGGCCAAGACGCCGACUCCGGCCACUCCUGUUACUCCAUAUAUUAAGGGUCGAUUCUCUAUUUCGCGUAUAAAUACUCCACCACAGGAACAAGUUCCAAGUAAGCUACCAGCUUUACAGACAAAGAUCUCUCGUAAAUCUCUUUCAAUGAAGAAAACUCCUCGAAGAAGCAGAAAACUUGAAGCUUUUGAACUUAUACGUUCUAGAAGGAGAAGUGGUGCCACAGAAGCCAACUUGCUUGUGUCUAAAUCAUGGGCUGACGUGGUAAAAAUUGGAGUUGCCAAAACCCCAAAGAAGAUUAAUAAACCAGUACAGAAAGUGGUGCCUACGAAAAAGCUAUCAAAACAUAAGACUCCACUGAAAAAAUAUAAGGAUCUGACAAGCACAGGUCAUGCAGACUCUCCUGCCACAAUCCUUGUUGGAAGAGCUCAUACAAGAGUAGUGAAUCUAACUGGACAUGUCCCUAAAGUUGUGAGGAACCGGGCUGUAAAACUUGACACUGACCACAAUGAAAGCUUUUCUGGUGUGGCUGAAUUGUUUAGCACCCCAGCAAAUGCCAAGCAAAGAAAAAGUAAUCGAUUGGAAAGCUCUAAAAUAACCUCGCCAAAUUCUGAGGUCGUGGAGAUGUCGGUGAUGCAGACUCCAGAAGGAUCAGGUGAAAUGGUGGUUUCACCAUUAAACAGUGCUAAUACUACAAAACGUAAGCAAUAUAGCCGGGAUGCUGUGUCGAGGCUUCUGCAGAGUCCUGCCUCCCUAGAAUUGCAGUCUGAAGAGUUGUCAGAAGAAACUCCAAAAUCACAGAAGGGUAAUCGGAAGUCUGUGGGUCUCUCAGGUGUCAAACGCAUUAUGAGAACGCCUAAACAGAAAGGGGCACCGGUUACUGACCGUCAUGCAUUAGGGAAAAUGUUGAGAACACCAAAAGAAUCUGACUCCCCUCGGGCUUCUAAUCGGCGAUCUGCUAACCUUGAGGUGCUUGGCAUUGACAGGCUUGUGAAAAGGCCCAAGCAAAAGGGGUUGCCUGUGGAAGAUUUCACUGGUAUUCAAAGAAUCGUGAAGACCCCUAAAGAGACAGUGCAGCCUGUGGAAGAUUUUGCUGGUGUCAAACGUGUCAUGAGAACACCGAAGGAAAAAGUACAACCAGUGGAAGAUAUGAUUGGAAUAAAGCGACUAAUGGCAACACCUAAGGAGAAAUCGCAGCCAGUGGAGGAUAUGGUUGGAAUAAAACGCUUAAUGAGGACACCUAAAGUCUGUGGUCAGCCAGUGGAGGACAUAAUCGGAAUAAAGCGCAUAAUGAAAACCCCUAAAGAACGGGGACAGCCAGUUGAGGACAUCGCAUUAAAUCAUUUAAUGAAUACUCCAGUUGAAAAUGUUCAGUCAACUGAAAGUGCCCGUCCGAUAGAAGAAAUAUUUGGAAUAAGAAACUUGAUAAAAACGCCACCAAAGUCGAAGGCCAGAGAGGAUAUAACAACUGUUCCCAGCAGCCGCUCUGCACAAUCAUUAGGAAACACUUCUGUGCGUCGAGGAAGACUUGCAAAACGUUUGAGCCUUCUGGAUGACACUGCUUCAGGUAAUGAAGCCCAUAAAAUUGUGCAGUCGCAGAUCGAGCAAGAGCCUGUUAUACAGAGCAGCCAAGCUGUUAAAUCUACACAAAAGAGAGGGCGAUUUUCCAAGAGCCAAAUUUCUUCCUCAGAAUUGCCUAAGGAGCAUGUUGCAUCUGAUGCUGAUAUGACUUCCCAAAGACGUAGAGGAAGACCAAGCUCCUCUGCUGUAGCCCCUAAAGAAUCGCUAUCAUCUGAUGCUGAGGUGACUUCCCCAAGUCGUAGAGGAAGACAAAGCUCCUCUGCUGUAGCCCCUAAAGAAUCCCUAUCCGAUGCUGAGGUGACUUCCCCAAGUCGUAGAGGAAGACAAAGCUCCUCUGCUGUAACCCCUAAAGAAUCGCUAUCAUCUGAUGCUGAGGUGACUUCCCCAAGUCGUAGAGGAAGACAAAGCUCCUCUGCUGUAACCCCUAAAGAAUCACGAUCAUCUGAUCAUGAGGUGACUUCCCCAAGUCGUAGAGGAAGACAAAGCGCCUCUGCUGUAGCCCCUAAAGAAUCGCUAUCAUCUGAUCCUGAGGUGACUUCCCCAAGUCGUAGAGGAAGACAAAGCUCCUCUGCUGUAACCCCUAAAGAAUCGCUAUCAUCUGAUGCUGAGGUGACUUCCCCAAGUCGUAGAGGAAGACAAAGCUCCUCUGCUGUAGCCCCUAAAGAAUCCCUAUCCGAUGCUGAGGUGACUUCCCCAAGUCGUAGAGGAAGACAAAGCUCCUCUGCUGUAACCCCUAAAGAAUCGCUAUCAUCUGAUGCUGAGGUGACUUCCCCAAGUCGUAGAGGAAGACAAAGCUCCUCUGCUGUAACCCCUAAAGAAUCGCUAUCAUCUGAUGCUGAGGUGACUUCCCCAAGUCGUAGAGGAAGACAAAGCUCCUCUGCUGUAGCCCCUAAAGAAUCCCUAUCCGAUGCUGAGGUGACUUCCCCAAGUCGUAGAGGAAGACAAAGCUCCUCUGCUGUAGCCCCUAAAGAAUCCCUAUCUGCUGAGUUGACUUCCCCAAGUCGUAGAGGAAGACAAAGCUCCUCUGCUGUAACCCCUAAAGAAUCGCUAUCAUCUGAUGCUGAGGUGACUUCCCCAAGUCGUAGAGGAAGACAAAGCUCCUCUGCUGUAGCCCCUAAAGAAUCCCUAUCCGAUGCUGAGGUGACUUCCCCAAGUCGUAGAGGAAGACAAAGCUCCUCUGCUGUAGCCCCUAAAGAAUCCCUAUCCGAUGCUGAGGUGACUUCCCCAAGUCGUAGAGGAAGACAAAGCUCCUCUGCUGUAGCCCCUAAAGAAUCCCUAUCUGCUGAGUUGACUUCCCCAAGUCGUAGAGGAAGACAAAGCUCCUCUGCUGUAACCCCUAAAGAAUCGCUAUCAUCUGAUGCUGAGGUGACUUCCCCAAGUCGUAGAGGAAGACAAAGCGCCUCUGCUGUAGCCCCUAAAGAAUCGCUAUCAUCUGAUCCUGAGGUGACUUCCCCAAGUCGUAGAGGAAGACAAAGCUCCUCUGCUGUAGCCCCUAAAGAAUCCCUAUCUGCUGAGGUGACUUCCCCAAGUCGUAGAGGAAGACAAAGCUCCUCUGCUGUAGCCCCUAAAGAAUCGCUAUCAUCUGAUCCUGAGGUGACUUCCCCAAGUCGUAGAGGAAGACAAAGCUCCUCUGCUGUAGCCCCUAAAGAAUCGCUAUCAUCUGAUCAUGAGGUGACUUCCCCAAGUCGUAGAGGAAGACAAAGCGCCUCUGCUGUAGCCCCUAAAGAAUCGCUAUCAUCUGAUCCUGAGGUGACUUCCCCAAGUCGUAGAGGAAGACAAAGCUCCUCUGCUGUAGCCCCUAAAGAAUCACGAUCAUCUGAUCAUGAGGUGACUUCCCCAAGUCGUAGAGGAAGACAAAGCGCCUCUGCUGUAGCCCCUAAAGAAUCGCUAUCAUCUGAUCCUGAGGUGACUUCCCCAAGUCGUAGAGGAAGACAAAGCGCCUCUGCUGUAGCCCCUAAAGAAUCGCUAUCAUCUGAUCCUGAGGUGACUUCCCCAAGUCGUAGAGGAAGACAAAGCUCCUCUGCUGUAACCCCUAAAGAAUCCCUAUCUGCUGAGGUGACUUCCCCAAGUCGUAGAGGAAGACAAAGCUCCUCUGCUGUAGCCCCUAAAGAAUCGCUAUCAUCUGAUCCUGAGGUGACUUCCCCAAGUCGUAGAGGAAGACAAAGCUCCUCUGCUGUAACCCCUAAAGAAUCCCUAUCUGCUGAGGUGACUUCCCCAAGUCGUAGAGGAAGACAAAGCUCCUCUGCUGUAGCCCCUAAAGAAUCCCUAUCUGCUGAGGUGACUUCCCCAAGUCGUAGAGGAAGACAAAGCGCCUCUGCUGGAGCCCCUAAAGAAUCACUAUCAUCUGAUGCUGAGGUGACUUCAACUCAUCGUGGAAGACCUAAAGCUCUCCCAGAAAACCCUAAGGAAACUGUUCCCAUUGCUGAUGACAAGGUGGUUUCUCCAACUCGUAAAGGAAGACUAAGUACCACUGCUGAAGCACAUAAGGAGUCUUUGCUCAGUGAAGCAACAUCCCCAAAACGUAGAGGAAGAACGAGCACCUCUUCAGUUACCAAUGAAUCAGUUCUGUUGAAUUCCCCAGUAUCUAAGGAAAGACCUAGCACCACCACUGAAGUGCUCAAGGAAUCUCUUCCUGUUUCUGAAGUUACUUCAUCAGCUCGCCGCGGAAGACCCCAAAAAAGCGUAGCACCAGUACUGGAGGUGUCUGUUCCUAUUGCACAGACUAAGUUGGCAUCCCCAGCACGUAAAAAGAAACCCAGCAUCCUACCAGAAAUCUCCAAGGAGUCUGUUGCUGAUUCUGCCAGAGAUGUUACAUCUCCUAAUCAUAGUGAAAUUGCCAAGGAUCCCACUGAAGGCAAGACAGUAUUACAGACACGCAGGGGAAGACAAAAGUCCAAGGUAGAUUUGUCCCAGAAGCCUUCAGCUCCCGAGGUUCAAGUGACUCGUGGAAGUAGGUCUAAAGUCGCUGCUGAAUUAUCGGUUUCAGUGUCAGAUGAGUUGCCAACUACCCAGACACGCGGAUUAAGACAAAAAGCCACAGGACAAGCUGCUAAAGUGUCUGCUUCCACCCCUAAGGUUAAUGUAAGUUUGCCAACACGCGGAAGCAGGUCUAAAGGACUUGUGGAGGCACCAGAGGAUUCCAUACCGGUCUCGAAUGACAAGCCUGUUAUUCAGAAAGGAAGAGGCAAGACAAAAGUUACAGACAGUACACAGGAGUCUGUUUCAAUUGAUAGUGAGGCAACUGCACCAACACGUGGACGUCAGUCUAAGGUUACAACAGAGGAAUCUGGUCCAGCUGUAGAAGAAGUAACUUCACAGAGGCGCAGAGGAAGGCUUAGAAGGGUAGACAAGCUUGAAGAAUCUACAGGUUCUGAAGAUGUGGCUUCAUCUGUGGAGGAAGUGAGUGCUAAAGGCACAGAAGGUAUUUCUGAUAAAGUUACCUCGCCCACACGCAAGGGUAGAUCUAGGAACACAGAAUUGCCCAAGGCGACAGCACCGAUUACUGAUGAGGCUACAUCAACUAAACGAAGGAGGCAACCUGAGACUACUGAAGGAGAGUCUGACUCGUCACAAAGACUGUCUCUAGAUGCAAAUGAAAAGACUUCCAAAUCAACUAAGAAAGCUGUUCGUCAGAAUGUCAGGUCAGCAAAGCAGAUUGCAGAUGAACACCUACAAACACCAGAACCUCAAGAGUCCAUAGCUCCAGUUGCAGAAAAGAAAACCCAGCUACCUCCCUCAAGAGGAAGAAGAAAAGCAGUGCAAACUGAACCAGUACCUUCUGGAGGAGAUCCUAAUUCAAGUUUGAAGAAUGAACAACCUGAAGCGUUACCUGUUCAAACGUCCCCUUUACCCCGAAGAGGUGGAAGACGUAAGAACGCAGAAGAACUUUCCAGUAUUGAGCCUGAUGUUGCUAAACCAAAGACAUCCAAACAGGAAACCAGAAGCAGGGGCCAAUCCAAGUCCAAGAGUUUAACAGAGAUUGUGGUAGGAGAUUUAGCCGCUUCAAAAGAGCCAGUUAAGAGCCCAGAGCCCAAAUCCCCCAAAAGAACAGCUAGGCAAACAAAGGACUUGGUGACUGAACCUCCAGCUGAAAGCAAGCCUAAGAGUUUGCGUGGACGACCAAACAAAAGCAGAGAUCUCUCUCCUGAGGCAACAAGUUUGGCCAGUUCUGAAACAGUGGUAUCUAAAAUUGAGGUCUCUCAGAAGGCAUUACCAGCAAGGGGAAGACCUAGAACUACAAGAGACAUUGGCAAUGUAUCUGUUUCUGAUGCUGAUGAACAGACAAAGGAAUCUAGCGCUAAACAGCAAAGAGGUUCAAGAAGAAAUCAGCGUUUGCAGAAGGAGUCCAGUGCAAGUCAUGAAGAUCAGACUAAACCUGCUGCUUCAGAGGAUACAGAACCUAAAAGAAGGGGGACACGGGGUAAAAUAUUAGACACUGAUGAGCCUCAGUCAGCCCCUGAAGUAAAGGGUAGAAAGAAUGCAAGAGGUAAAACUGUACAAAAUACGGAUGCACAGACUGUUGCUAAAUUGCAGGCAAAAUCUGUACAAUGGCACCCUCUGCUGGCCACUGACAUUCAAAACACAGAAGCAUCUUCUCAGGAGUCCAAUGAAAUGUCUACAAGAGGUGGUAGAUCUAAGGUAAAGGCUAGACCUGAUGCAUCAGAGCUGCAACUUCCUGUUAAGAGAUCUCGUAGAGGAAACAAUCAAGCAGAAGCUGAGGAGAUUCCAGCAUCAACCAGCCCUGAAUCUCUAACAGUGUCAGAUGUUGCGCCUCCUAAAAGAGGCAGAAAGGCAGUCGUGCAUGCGAAAGAUACAGAUGAAAAAUUAGCAAACAAGUCCACGAAUUCUGCAGAAGUUGUUCACACAAGUCCACAACGAAGCCGACGAGGAGCGUCUUCUAAGGUAGUAGAUAGUGAAAAUAAUGAAGUUAAUUAUGUUGAACCGUCCACUUCAAGAAGGCAGAGAGGAGCAAUGGCUAGUAAGACACCCCCAGAAAAUGAAAGUACCCAAUCCCCUGUUAAAUCAAAAAGGGGAGGCUCAGGUAAAGAUAAAGCUGAUGAAAGUUCGACAAAGUCUACAAGGGGAGUGAAAAGGAAACUGCCGAACAGUGAAGCAAAAAGUGCACCUCUUGAUGAAUCUGAAACUCCUUCUCAAGCAAGCGAGUCCAUCCUAGUGGAAACAGAAAAUAUUCCUGCUGGUCGUGGUAGGAAAAAUCAAAGAAAUACCAAAACACAGAAAGAAGUUAAAGCAGCACAGCCAGAAAAGCAAUCGGUAACCUCUGAAUCGCCUGCAAAGAAAAGAAAAACUGAGGAAGCUCCCACAAAAAGAAGCUCAAGACAACAGACGUCUAAACUUGAGAAUGAGAAGCCGUCCGCAGCAACAAAAACCCGAACAAGCACCCGGAGCAGGAAAUAGCAAAGAUAGCCGUCCGCCCGCCCGCCCAUCCGUCCGCCUCCCCCUUGUAAAUUAAAUUAUAACAUUUUCGAACGGAUCACUAAAAAAAGUUCUUAAAGUGGUUUAAGAGAAUUCUAGAUGUUUUAAUUCCCUAGCACUGCUUAAUCGUUUUCAAUGGAAUUGUACAUUUUUAUAUUCAAAAUUUUUUUAAUCUUAUUUUUGUCAUAAAAAGUUUAAGCUUUACAUUUUAUGCAGAUGACUGGAUGAAAGGGAAUGAAUGCUUUGUGGCUGUGUCUGAAAUUCAAUUUGACAUUUGUUUUUUGUUUUUUUUUAUGCCGUACUCGUGUUAGAUUCCUGUACAUGUUGAGUACACAGAAUUUGCUGGUCUUUUUAUAUAUUGCUUUUGCUGUGGUUCAUAAUAAAAUAUUGGAAUGAUUUUUUUAUUUUUUUUUGAACUAACAUGUUACAUUUGUAAUUUGCCUUGCUGAAUGUGAUGCAAAGAUUGUAAUCAAAUCAUUCCAGUUUGUGGCUUCCUGUAAUUAUGCCAUACACACUGUCUUAAGUCAGUUUUAACCACACAUAUUUAAGUUUUUUUGUAUUUUUUAAUAUGGGGGAAUUAAUAUAUGUAAUAUAUCUAGACAUGUCUGGGGUUUUCUGGGAUUAAUCAGAUAGCACUGCCCUUAUCAAUAGACCAUGUCGGGUGUUGCGCCUCAUUCCUAUUAAAGAGGAUGAAGCCAAACUGCAAUACUAGACAUGGCCUAUAGAUAAGUGCCUUUUUGUUUCUGCAAAACGUUCUUUCCCAGAAAACCCCUUUUAUUCUGUACUUUGUGGCUAAUGUGAUUUCUGUGAGUUCUUAUUUUUCAAAUAUUUCAUUAGCUCCAGUGACAGCCCAGGAAUUGUGAAUGAGCAUGAAGAGGCCUGUUUUCAUGGGAAUGUAGCGUAGGAUCUUUUGCGUCCUGUAAUGCCUUUGAUACCAUGAGGAGGCCUUCACAACAAAUGCUCAACUGGUCCUUUUUAAAAACUGGUGUACAUAUAAUUCCAAACAUGGAAUUGAGUUUUCGUUUGUUUUAAUGUAUGGAAAAAAAAAUUAAAAAGCUGACUUGCAAUGUUA